AUGGCGUCUACAGGUUUCAGAGAUGGGAACUCGCCGGGACAGACUCGUACAGCGACCGCGCCCGCAUGUGAGGCAUGUCGGAAGCUAAAGAUGAAAUGUACACGAGCUGAGCCGCAAGGUGGCGGAGAAGUUUUGAGAGAGCCAUGCGAACGGUGUAAGAAGACAAACCGUGCCUGCAAAAUCCCGGACCCCCGACCGUUGGGCAGGAGGCGAGGUGCUCUGGGUCGCUAUCGCGGGUUCGAAAAGGCUUACCGAAAACUGAAGUCGGAGGAGAAAAGGGCCAAAUUUUCGCGUGGAAUAGACGAUAUCUAUGAAGCCGGUCAUCUCUCUACUAGCGAGAGGCCGACUUUGGAAUCUUUGCUAUCAUAUGAGUCGGCCGACCAUUCUCGAUUCCCUUCAACCACCGAUGACCCUUUUUUAGGACCCCCCGUCAGAACACCUGGGGAAACAGUGACACAGGUGGAUCAUGAAGAAGAUAAAUCCCAAUUAAACCAGGAACCGAUAAGCAACCCUCUCGCACUACUGGCCUAUGCAUCCGAUGCCGCCCAAACAUCGGAAGCAAGCCCAGUCUCAACCGACAUGUUACCUACUUUGGAUAGCAAAGCAUCUAUGAGGGAGCCGCAGGCCUGUCGCAAGACGGGAGAAAGUGAGGGAUACCAUCUACUUCACCGACCCGGCUAUGUUUCCCUGGGACUUCAGUUAAGCCGAGCGAGUCUCGUGGAGGGACUGGAUACUUUGCUAGCACCAGUCGAUUGUGAAUACCAGUCACUUGAUUAUUUCAAGGAGGGUAAGCGGGCGCGUCAACGUGAUGUCGGUCCAGAUUUAGACCCAGUAGACCUGAAACUUGUCACAAUGGAAGAGGCGAACUACUUAUUCUCCAUAUAUUUUGCCCGGUUACACCCAGUGAAUGGGAUAUUGGACCCAAUGCUUCAUACACCGGAUUUUGUGCGUUCUCGGUCCUCGCUGUUAUUCACUUGGAUCCUUGCAAUCACGUCCCAAUUUGACCAUGCCUCAGCACCAAUCGCCGAAAGUCUACGACUCCAUGGCGAGAUGCUGUCGAGAUAUGUGCAUACAUGUGGCUACAAGUCGGUAGAGAUCGUUCAAGGAUAUUAUAUUUCGCUUCUCUCCAACACUCCAGCAAAAAAUUUGGCCGAAGAGCGUUCCUGGUUAUACACAAUGUAUGCGUUUGGUGUGGCCACAGAGUUAGGGUUGGACCAGGAAUCCGAGUCACAUAGGUACACACGCGUUGCCCAGUCCUUUCGAGGCUCUCAUACGCAGCAGUGUCAUAACAUGCCAUCUUUUAAUUCAGGCUCGACUGAGGCAUCCCCACGGUCUAUACAUGGGCCUUCGGCUGACCAUACUGCAUAUGAAGAGCGACUAGCCCGAAAUCGCGAAAGAACUUGGCUGAGAAUUCUCUUAUGGGAGCGAGCAAACAGCGCAGCGUGCGGUCGAAUUCACAGCUUUCCAGAGACCAGUCUGACUCGAACUAUCGACACAUGGUGGUUGCACCCAUUAGCUGACAUGACAGACAAAUAUACAAGUGCUUUUAUUAUCUUUCGCAAGUCAUUGGCUUUCCUGCAAGUCGAAUUGAAACAUCAAGUACAGUUCACGCACUCUAACCCUCACUGGGUUCGGGAGCUUGUCGAUACCACUCUCCAGAACUGGUGCGAUACAUGGCUUCCACAGCCCAGAAAUAAUACCUCAACUCUCGUACCUGAACAACUCUCCAUUAUCUUUCUUCGCCAUGUGUAUGUUCAUGGACGGCUCUGGACCCUAUCAUUGCCAUUAAGCGGCUCGGUUGCUCGUGCGCAGGACCUGGAUACCAUUCGACAGGACUGCUUUGAAAAUGCUGUCAACUGUUGCGAAACUGCUGUACGAGACUUACAGGCCGUGGGAGAGUUAUUGUACUGUAUGUUAGCUCCUACAUGGGCAAUGAUAUCCUACGCAGCGGUCCUAGCUCUCAAAAUAUUUCCCGCUCUAUACGGGCCUCGCAUUGGCAUUGAAAUAGAGCUUUUUGCCUUGUUAAGCCAGGUAGCUCUGGAAUUACAGCGUGCCGGUACUACGCCUUCGCAUCGUUUCGGUAUCGCAGCACUUCUAGGGCAACAUCUCAUGAUGAUCUUACGGGCUAGAGCUGUCAGUUUAAGAGAGCCAUCGCACACAAGAGAACGCCAGCUUGACUCAUCAUACGACCAUACGCAUAACAUUAGUCAGGGGUUGCCUGAAUGGCAAGCUCCAACAUCACAUAUAACUCUUCGAAAUCCUCUUGUCUCAGGCUGGGACCCGUUUCUGACGCCAGCAGUAUCGGACAAAGAUGGUUUUGCUGGCGAAGACUUUGCUAACUUUUUCCGAGAAAUAUUUGGGCCCGGCUUUGGGAAUUUCUUCUAA